AUGAAUCAGGGCCAGGAUUUGUCAGGAACAGGUUCGUCUAUAGGCAAAUCUGGGUCGACAGGAUCCAGCGUCUCCAUCAUAUCAGAAAUCGAGCGCAAGAAGGUGAUUCGAAAACAAAAGUUCAGCCGCGAGAACGAGCUCAAAUGGAUUCAUGCGGUGACAAGGCUUCAAGUCGAUACCGUCAAGAAGUCUAGCAAGUACAAAAAACUGGUCAGAAGGGGAUUACCAACAUCCGUACGUGGCCGUGUUUGGUUAUUUUUGGCAAAAGCGGACUCCUACCGCCAGCCUGGGCUUUUUGAGGAACUCUGUAAACGAGGGCCAUUGCCAAUACAUGAGGUCAUUGAACGGGAUAUUCAUCGUUGCUACCCAGAUCAUGUUCACUUCCGAGAUGGUAUGGGGGGCACAGGACAGCAGGAUUUGCACUCGAUCCUGAAAGCCUAUGCUCACUAUAAACCCAGCGUAGGAUACUGUCAGGGCAUGGGUCGAUUGGUCGGUAUGAUGUUGAUGCAGAUGCCGGUCGAAGAUGCGUUCUGGUUGCUGGUAGCGACGAUAGAAGGCUAUAUGCAAGACUAUUAUACUCCUUCACUUCGGCAAUUACGAGUCGAUGCACAGGUGUUUGAACGUCUGCUCAAGGAACAAGACCCACCCCUGGCUUCACACUUGGAAAAGAACGAUGUGAUUCCGUUGAUGUAUAUGACUCAAUGGUUUAUGACCCUAUAUACGAUGAGCCUUCCUUGGGCAUCUGUUCUUCGGGUCUGGGAUGUUUUCUAUUUUGAUGGUGUCAAGGCCCUGUUUCGGGUUGGAUUAGCGAUCUUACAGCUGAGUCGAGAUCAUCUGUUGAGCAAAUGUCCGAGCUCCUCAGAGUUACUGGCCUAUAUCUUACAUAUUCCAUUGGAAACUUUGGCACCUAAACAGCUUUUGGAGACCGCUUUGCAGAUCAAACUGAGAAAACAAUCGGUUCAAAAAUUAAUUGCCGUUACAGCAGAAUCAAUGGACGCAGCAGCAACAACAUCAAAGAAAUCUGCAUCUGUUCAUGGGGCACUGGCUUCUGCUCCCUCUUCUUCUAAGGCUACGGCAGCGGCAGCAGCAAUAGGCACAAAGAACAGCAGCGACAACUCACAAAAUUCUGAUACCCAACAGUCGACUGCAUCCUCACCGCCUGUAUCUUCCUCAUCUUCUGCUGUCGGAUCAACAUCUUUCUCACCUCUUGGAGUCUUUAAGACUCGAAAGAGGGCAGGCACCCUUCAUAAAUAG